CACAUUUGCGGUUUGUUUUGCGUGCGUAAUGCACGCAUCUUUUCAUCACUAAUGUAUCGUUAUUGGACAACUAAGUAACUUAAUAAACAAAAUGAACCCCUCUGGCAAUUCCACUGCAUUGUCUGCAGACCUUAACAACUUUAUUUAUGGUGUAUCACGAAGGAACUUCCAGAAUGCCUCCGAGCUAACAAAAAUCGGUAUCAGCCUCUUGAAGACGUUUCCAGCCGCCAGAGAUGCCGUUCUCGAGUAUUUCGCGAUGGUUUUUCAUAGUGCGGUCAAUGUUUCUAUCAACCCAACUGACUACGAGAACGACCCUAAUACAAACGGAGCGCUGGAGAGUGUAAACAUGAUUGGCCCAGAGCUCUGCAGUCUCGGAGAAGCCUGGGCUCCCUUCAUUGCGCCAUGGUGCAUCAAUCUGAUUAUGGAUAUUGCUACACAAAAGGAAAAUGUGCCAAGUGGAACCCUCCAAACAACUGAACCAAUAAGGAUUCUGUUGGACAUCACAGCACAAAACCUGACAUUACUAGACACAGAUAGGAGAGCUAAAUGCAUAGAUAUGAUGCUGGGCUGCCGUGCGUGCUCCUGGGCGGUGGGCUGGAUCGGGCGCGCGGAGCCGGCGCUGGUGGCGCCGCGGGCGCUGGCGCUGGGCGCCGACGCCGUGCUGGCGCACCUGGCGAACCACCCGCCGGCUUUGUUGCAUGUUCGACGCGCGCUACUCGACUUGUUCCAGGAAGCCAUCUCAUUGAAAGGCGACUCCGAGAAGCAGCGGGACGUGAUCCCCUACCUGUUGAACUUGGCUGCCAAGUCCGAUAUUGUGCUCAAAGCUAUCACGCAAGACAUUAAACAGACGCUGACAGACGAGGUGGUCCAACGCUUAUGGGUGGUGUGGUCGCACCAGCGCAACACGGCGGCCUGGGAGGGAGUCGGGCCCGAGUCGCUGGUGGCACUGCUUGUGCGCGCGUCCGUGCAGUGCACUCUACUUCUUCUACACCAUCCUGUGUGCCGGCAGCUGCUUGAGUACCUCCUACAGAAGCUAGAACUGUCAGGUCUACUCCCAGACGCCGACUUUCCACUUCUAACCAGUGCUGCCGAAGAGGCGCCAGUGCUUAGGGAGAGACUCCUGGUCGGAGACCAGUUGGAACAAUAUACUAUUGCCCGACUGCUCAUACUUGUCAGUUGCCGCCUCCCCACAGAAUACAUCAACACACUAAGCUACCUCCUCCAAUACUCCCGCAACGACACAACCCUAGCUCUCUUCGUACGCAUCAUGUCCGGCACCAUGACUAUGCACAUCCCUAACGACACCUCAGAACGCGCGCUAGGCUCGACCGAACGAUACCAGGAGCAUAUUCAGACGGCCGUCGGAAACGCUUUGAGGAAUUCUAUGCAGUCAGAUACGCAGAUAAAGAAGAGUUUUGUGCAGGGGAAGGUGCCGGCCGAUCAGAAGACGUAUUUGCAUCAUUAUUGUCUGAAUAUCGUCAAGUUGUUGAGAUGGGAGAACUCCAACCGGGUACCGCACCUCCGCACCCGCCCAAUAGCUCGGGCGGUCGAGGCUAACCUUUGCCGCUUCGGUACUGCGUUGCAAGAGACUGCAUCUCUGUUACGGAUCACAGUUGACUGCACUAUGUCUUCGUUACCUGAGAUGCCUGCAUGCCACGCAUUAGUCGAGGUGUUGGACAGAAUAGACUUGACCGGGACGAAGGGGUUGCCGCCGAGCGUGGAGGCCAUCUUGAAGGUCGUUAAAGCCACAGUCAUGUAUUUCUUCCGGUGUCUACAUGAAGAAGAUAUCCUAGCAAAACUCCGCGGCGUACAAAUCGCGAGUCGCCUGCUCCGCAAACUUUGUCUCCACAGCAAGCUCGCUCGCGCUGCCGCACUCAGGGACCUGCUUGAGACGGCCAUGUUUAGGGAAGAGGCGGCGUUUGGUAGCAAGAGUUUUGUGAAUAACACCGUCGUGCCGGCUAGGGAUUGGCAGCCGGAGGAGUUACUACUGCAAAUGAAUCAGAAGCAUGGCCCAAUAACCCAGCUGACUCAAAGCCACACUUCAGUAUUCCACGCGGGCAUCAUCGGCUCAGGCAUCCGAAAGCAGAACCUGUACGAGUCCAAGAAAGACAUUCCGCCCAUCCUCACCACAAACAAUGAGCUGCUUAUGGGCGCCCUUAUGUCCUGUAUGGACGGCAACAACGGUGUGGUCGAAGGUUGUACCUCAGUGGCUUUACUUUUGGUGGAGCUGGUAUCACCUGAUGUCAUGUAUAACGGUCUACCUUGGCCAGACGAAGAUUUUACUAAGCAAGUGAGCAUAGAGCGUGAACUGUACAUGCGCUCGGCCUUAGAAAGCAGCGCCGUAGCUCGCGCGGCGCUGCGGCGCUGCGCCGGCGCGCGGCCCGCGCUGUGCCUCGCCUCCGCGCUGCUGCGCGCCGCCGCCGCCACCGCCGCGCCGCUGCACCGCCUCGCCACGCAACAAGCAGACUCCCAAUCACCCGAGAUAAUCCGCGAGAAGACCGCUCUUAAAGAACUGCUGGAAACUAUGACGCUGGGACAGUUGCUGCCGCACCCACUCAGCCACAUGAUUGAAAUGGUGCACAAUCUCUCCGCUAUCGAGAUCGUGCAAGUUUUACGGGAUUGUCUAUGGAGCUACACGCGAGACAACGUGCCUUCUCCAGCUCUCUUCAUUGGUGACGUCACAGGUCUACACUGGCGAGACCCAGCCACGUGCCAACCCGCGCCCGCCUACACGGACACUCUUCGCGCCAUCCUCCAAAACGGCAUUAAAACGCACGGCCGCCUCUACCCGCUCAUGUUCAUGGAUCUUAAAACACCCACCGAGGGCAAACCAGAGGGCGACACCGAAGGGACGGCCGAGUUGACGAUAGAUCUGGAUGCGUCGGAACCCAUGGAUGUGCCGUCGGAACCUACAGCACAAACAUCGGCUGCGAUUUAUUAAAAAAAGUUUGAAGUG